CAUCACUACUUGCCAGUGUGUCAUAUACAAAGUAACACUUUCCUCCAUGUCCUGAUUAAAUUAUCGUACCGUCUAUUAAAGGGAAAAACUCAAAGUGCAUCCUUAAACCUUUGCACUUCAAUACACUUUUCAACAGCGUUGAAGGCAAAUGCAGAUGCGCUUGACCCAUAUACGCCUACAAUUAAUUAGUGAAAUCAGGUGUUCCGAAGUGCACAGGCAACAUGUUAGCGCGUCACAGGUAGCAGUGUCUGUGUUCCUAACAUUUGUGCUAGAUAUGGCCAUUGUUUUUAGAUGAUUUUUCCCGUCAAACCAGAGAAAAUCCGAAAGAAGCCUAUUUUUUUGCAGAGCGCAUUAGCGUAGACUUGUCUUCCCUGAAACGCAACUCCUGUACAAUGGUUUCGCAACAACGGUGGCCAUACAGCUCUGGUAUUCAGCGUAUGCUUUACACUGGGAAAUAAUAACCUACUUUGCUAACCUCUCACUCUCAACUGUGUCCAUCCAGUAGAAAAUGUGUUAUCAAGGCCGUUUUCGGGAAAGCGUUUUCACUUCCGAUAAGCGUCCAGCGUUUCCAUGUGGAUUUUACGGUAAAUGCCAGAUCAUCUUGCAUUCCAGUCAGCGCCCCCCGGGGAGACCUCGCGCAAGCCGCGAAAUCUGGGGCUCACUCUGCAAAUUCCUGUUUUCAAACUUUUUGAAUAAAAUGAAACCUAUAAGAAACUAUUCCAAAAGUAAAAAAAAAAAAAAAAAGGCAAAUCCAACCCUUGCAACAGGCCUGUAUAUUUCGUGACGGAAAGAUUCAGUUGUGUGACGGGAGGGAAUGAUGGCGUAAGUCAUUCAAAACAUCCAUCCCCCAAAGCACAACCCCCCUCCUCCCAAAACCUCCUACGCAAGAAGGAGAAAGAAGAGCAGCGAAGGAGGAGAGAGCAAAUGCGUGUGCAUUUAUAUUUGAGGAGACUCAAGGAGUGAAAGCAACUCAGUGAAAGUUGUCUAACGUCUUUAGAAAAAUUCUCAUCGUCAUCAAAGAAGCUUCUAAGACAAAGAGGACAACCAAAACACCGUAAGAGACAAGUAAGGAGAAGUGAAAUAGUCUGGGUGGCACUAAGAGGAACUUUUCUGCAGACCACUGACAGUUGUUUAGACGUCCUCAGCAAUCACCUACUUGGACCAUGAUGUGGCUGGCGAGUGUGCUUUCCCGCGUGUGCAUGCUGUGCACGUGUGUGUCCUUGGUGUGUGUCCGCGCAGAGGGCUGCCUGAUGAUCAGUGAGGUCAACAGCGACAACCCAAAGUUCGACACGCAUGAGUUCGUGGAGCUGUUCCACUCGAGCGGCAGGAGCACCUCGCUGCAAGGCUACACCCUUGUUCUCUAUAAUGGCAACGGUAACAAGGCUUACCGCGUCAUCGACCUGACGGGCCACGCCACCGAUGAGCGGGGCUUCUUCCUGAUUGGCUCGGUGGAGCUCAGUCCCCGUCCUGGCGUGGCGCUCCCGCCCAAUAGCAUUCAGAACGGCCCGGACGCCGUGGCGCUCUACGGGCCGGGGACGGAGCUGAUUGAGGUCGGGGGGCAUGUUCAAGCCGAGGGAUUGGUGGACGCGCUCGUGUACGCCACGCGGCGGGGGGCCGAAGUCGAGGGACUGGCGAGUGUGCUGACCCCUGGGUCGCCCCCAUUUUUGGAGGACCCAUCCCUCUUUGAGGAGGACGAGUCUAUCCAACGUUGCCUGGAGACGGAUCACCACUGGGCCUUCCGUGUGGCACCGCCCACUCCGGGACGAGCCAAUGAGUGCGUGCCACCUCCCCCCGCCCUUGCCCGCAUUGAAGAGCUGCGCUUGGGCGGACUGGUGACGACCAGGCAUGUGGAGUUGAGCAUCGCCACGGAGAUGGGUGCCAUGGUGCUGCUUGUGUUUGAUGGACAGACAGGGGUUGUCAGAAAGACGACGGAAAUCCCUGGCUCUGGUCAGAGUGACAGACUCUUGAGUGUGCCUGUAGACACCAGUGGGACAGGCUCCACGAGUGGGGCGGUGGCCUUGUACGAGGGGAAAGUGGCGGAAGUCCUGUCCCAGAGCCUCAUGCAGCCAGUCGACGCCUUUGUGUUCGCCGCCGAUCCUCAGUCCUUCAAUGCCACGCUCCUCGAGACCCUGACGCCGGGACGUCAGCCCUACACCCUCACGCACGGUUGGGAGGAUGGCCUGUCACUCAGUCGCUGCGGAGUUGCUGAUUGGUCCAGAGACUCCGGUACCUUUAUGGAGGCGGUAUCUACCCCAUCACUGGCCAAUCACUGUCCCUGGCCAAAGAUCUGCCCCCACGACAUUGUGUUUCCGGACGGGACACCUGCGCCCACCCUUCCCCCGUGGAUGGGGACGGACUUCCUGCUGAACGAGUUGAACUCCGAUUCACCGGGAGCAGCGGAGAACACAGAGUUCAUCGAGAUCUGGCACCCAUCUGGCACACGCGCGUCCCUGGAAGGGGUGUGGCUCCUGCUCAUCAACGGCCAGACGGGGCGGCCCUAUCGGGAGAUCAGCCUAUCGGGUCACUUCACCGACGCCAACGGCUACUUUUUGAUUGGCAGUGACGGGCUUCAACCAAAGCCCUCCAUCGUGCUCCCGGCCAACACUGUGCAGAACGGGCCUGACGCGGUGGCGCUCUACCGCAGCAAGGAACCGCCCUCUCAACAGGAAGGCGUGCCCAAAUUAGGGCUGCUGGACGCCAUGGUGUACCGUGCCUCCGGCAACGACAGGGACACGUGGAUGCUGACAGAGGCGCUCACGCCCUAUCAGCUGCCUCUGCUCGAGGACCCGCAGGCGUUGCCAGGAGACGAGAGCAUCAGCCGCUGCCAAGGAAGUCCCAAUACGCUCUCUGCGUUUAGAGUUGGCCCGCCUACCCCCAUGGCAAAUAACGUGUGUCCUCACCCACCUUCCCCAGAAGGUCUGGCAAUCAAUGAGGUGGGUGGGGCCUUGGGGCCUAACCACACCCAGGAGAGCAUGUUUGUGGAGCUGAUUGGACCGCCCCAGACCAGCCUGGACGGAUUGGUUGUGAUGGUGUUCGAGGGCAGGACCAGAGAAGCGAUCCCUCUUCAGGGACACAUUGGAGAUGAUGGCCUUUUCCUGCUCAACCACACUUCUGGAACAGAUGCGGUAGUCCUGUGCUAUGGCGUGGGGGUGUGUGACUUGGACUCUGAGAUUUUGGACUCUGUGAUCUUCACUGAUGUGCCACUGCACCUGAAGAAUCUACCAGCCACCACAGGGCACAUAAACCCUGCAAUCAGGGCAGUGGCAGACGGGCACAUCUCCCUGAGCCGGUGUUCCUGCUGUGAUCACAACUCUCCGUCCUCCUGGAUCACUUCCUCCCCGACACCAGGCCUGCCCAAUAACUGUCCAAGCCCCACCUACUCCAGCGCCAUCCACCUAUGCCUGGAGCCUCAGCCACAUGACGGACAGGACCAAGCAGGAAGUAAUCACACCAACAGUAAUUUCGAGCCAGUCAUUACAGACUGCAGUGGGGAAGUGGCAGUGUAUUUGGAGCAACAGUGUAACUGUGGUAUAACAGCCCUCUAUCUACAAGGAGUGAAUGUGUCAUGUGUGUCUGGUCUAAUGUAUCUGCAGGGUUCCAUUCCUGCGCUGUCUGAACACCAGAGGGCGCUAAUCACACACACCACUAGCAGCACACACUCUUGCCUGAGGAAAGGGUCCUUGGCUCUACCAGUGGGCAUAGUGCUGGGUAUGGUCUUUCUGAUGUUGAUGGGUGUGGCUUUGUUUAUUUUCCUGUACAGGAGGAAGCGGCCGCUGGAUUAUUCUUCAAUGGAACUGAGUGAACAUGUUGAACUCUAGCCCUGUGUGUGUGUGUGUGUAUGUUUGUACAUUUUGUACAGGAGUAAAUGUUUGAGGGCACAUGCUGAAUUUUAAAUCUGAAUUCCUACAUGGCUUUUGUAUAUACUGUGUGUGUGUGUGUGUGUGUGUGUGUGUGUGUGUGUGUGUGUGUGUGCG